UUGUAGCACACAAAAGCUUUGACAAAAGCUCAUCCUUGCCGGGUGCUGACACGAAUACAUCAUAACUAAAAAAUUUAGUUGGAACUGACAAAAAUCAUCAUUCAAUAUUAUUUGCCAUUGAUAAAAUCCUCUUUAAUAUUUUAAUUUUUUAAAAGUAUGAUUUACAUUACCUCUAUUCUUCCGAUAUUCAAUAGGCAAUGACAAAUUUCUGUAUGAGAUUGGUCAAAUUGGACGGGCCAACCCGUCACUCCCGUCAGCCGUCACACUCUCCUAACCCCAAAUUAGAAAUACCAAUUUAUUUUUGAAAUAAAACUACAAUUUUUAGUUGAAACUUAAUCAUGGAAACGUAUGAUGUUAUUGUCAAUCAACCAGUUGUCAUUGAUAAUGGUUCAGGAGUUAUAAAGGCAGGUUUUGCUGGAGAUCAAGUUCCAAAAUGUUGCUUUCCAAACUACAUCGGCAGGCCUAAACACGUACGUGUAAUGGCGGGUGCUUUGGAGGGCGAUCUAUUCGUGGGACCAAAAGCAGAGGAACACAGAGGCCUACUAAGCAUCCGGUACCCCAUGGAACACGGCAUUGUCACCGACUGGAACGACAUGGAAAAGAUCUGGCAGUACGUCUACAGUAACGACCAGUUGCAGACUUUCUCAGAGGAACACCCCGUACUUCUCACCGAGGCGCCGCUCAAUCCUCGCAAUAACCGCGAAAAAGCAGCCGAAAUAUUUUUUGAAUCGUUCAAUGUGCCCGCUCUAUACGUAUCAAUGCAGGCGGUGCUCAGUUUAUACGCAACAGGUCGCACGACGGGCGUAGUGCUGGACUCGGGCGACGGUGUCACACAUGCUGUGCCCAUCUAUGAAGGAUUCGCCAUGCCUCACAGUAUCAUGCGAGUGGACAUCGCAGGCAGAGAUGUUUCCCGGUACCUCAGAUUGUUGCUCAGAAAGGAGGGCAACAAUUUUAAAACUACCGCCGAGUUCGAAAUUGUGCGGACAAUUAAGGAAAAAGCUUGCUACCUGUCAAUCAACCCCCAAAAGGAAGAAACAGCAGAGACCGAAAAACAACAAUACACACUCCCUGAUGGCAGUACCCUCGACAUCGGACCUGCUAGAUUCCGAGCACCCGAGGUGUUGUUCCGACCUGAUCUGAUAGGCGAAGAAUACGAAGGCAUCCAUGAAGUCCUCUUAUACGCUAUUCAAAAAUCUGAUCUAGACCUUCGUAGAGUACUAUUUCAAAAUAUAGUUCUAUCUGGAGGAUCCACAUUAUUCAGAGGUUUCGGAGAUAAGCUACUAUCCGAGAUAAGAAAAUUAGCUCCCCAAGAUAUUAAAAUUAGGAUAUCAGCGCCCCAGGAGAGGUUGUACUCAACAUGGAUAGGAGGAUCAAUUCUAGCUUCCCUGGAUACAUUCAAGAGGAUGUGGGUUUCGAAACGAGAGUUCGAUGAGGAAGGUCGUAGAGCUAUUCAAAAGAAAAUGUUCUGAAUGAAUGUGGUUUGUGUUGUGCUGAUUAAUGACAUUCGAACAGUAUGCUACCAUGUGGCUUUAAUUUAUUUUCGAUUAAAAUUUAGUUUACUUAGGUGAUUUUUUACAAAAAUAUCUCAAUAAUGUAAAUUAUUUAUCUUCUUCAUCCUGGAGAAAACAGGUACCGUACUCAUAAACAAAUAUAAAAUCUCAUUUGUACCAUCAAACCCAAUGUACUAAAAUGAAAAAAAAAAUCGCAAAUUCUUCGUAUUGUCAUGUAAUAAAUCUAAUUUUCAAUUCUGGUAAAGUAUACUGUAAUAAUGUUAUAAAAUUUAUUGAUUUCAUCAAAAAAAUCCAUGAAAAUUAUAAAAAAUUUAAAUUUUCUUGUUCUAUCUUGUCAUAAUAUAAUUAUGAGGGUUUAAAAGAUAAGUUACUUGAAUGAACAGAAUACUAUGAUCAUUCCACCUUACAAAGUUUCCUAGUGAAAAUUAACCAUUCAUUCAAUUGAAUAGAUACAACCUCUUAUUCAAUCAGUCAAUCGCUGAGAAUAUUGAAACCCAUCUAUUAACGCACACUGCACAACAUAAAGAAGCAUAUUUUCAACACAAUAUUGUUUAUGGAUUAUAUUGUAUGUUAUUGAAACAGAAUGUUUAUCCUGUGUUGGCUUGUAAAUGUAUAUUGCUGAUGGAAAUGUUAUUCCAAUCCACUUGAUGUGCGGCCCUUGAGAUACAGUAAACAAUUCUUGUGUAUUACAUUCGAUUGUAAUUAAUUCUUGAAUUUCAUAUCUUUCUAAAAACCUGAUUAGCAAAAAAGACUCGUCUCAAGUAUCAGUAAGAAAUAUAUGGUGAAGUAAAAUAAUAUAUACAGUACUCUAGUAAAACUACAGAGCUAUUGUCUUGCUGAUGAGACAAAAAACCUGUGCUAGACAGACAAAAAAGUGCUACCAAAUUGAAAAAAUGAAGCUAUAACUUGAAAAAGUUAUUUAUUUUCGAGAAAUUCAAAUACAAUUCCAGCCUAACCUUUUUAAAGCAUGUUACUAAUUUAUUUUCAAUUUAAACAGAAUAUACAAUUGAUGAAAUAAUAUGUAUGAAUGUCGUAAAACUUGAACUAAUAACCUAAUUUUUAUGCUUAAAUUGAAUUUUUUAUUCAUUCUGCAUUGAAAUUUGAUAUUUAUAUCAGUGUAUAGAUAAAAAUAUGGCUAAUGUAAAUUGUAAGUAUCGUAAUUGCUAUUAUUAAAUAAGUUAAUUUUGUAAUAAUUUAAGUUGAAUUAAUAUCACGACACAGAUUGAAUGCUAUUGUAAUGUGAAUGGUUGUUGAAUGCCAUUUAGUGUUUAUGAGAAAAAAAUAAUUUUGGUAAUUUAUAGAGCACAUUAAUAAAAUUGGCAUUUAUAUUUAGUU